UUUAUCUAGGUCCAAUCGAUUCGAACGCGCGCGAUCACAAUUAAAACCCCUGUCCGAUCUUGUCAACAGCCAGAUAUCCAUACGAAUCCAUACGAUCCGUCGUUCACGACACAAUUUGACCCACUCGACUUACCACAAUCUGUCAAUUACACAAUACAAUACAAUACGAUAUAAUACUUAGAUAUUCGUUGUGCUUCCAUCUCUAUGCGAUAAGACAGGGAAACAAAGAGGGUCUUCAAGACUCACAACACUCUCACCGUUAGUUAGACGAGGAGAUCUACAAGAUCAUUGAGCGGCAACAUGGCAUCCUCAUAUGCCUUACCACAGCCUCCGCUAUCACAUACCCACGGCCAUACACAUUCCCACUCCCACCCGCAUUCUCAUUCGCCUCCAUCUUUUGGUCACUCGAGAUCGACCCGCUCCUUGCAGGUCUAUUCCCAAAGCCAGAAGUCAGAGGCCGCUCAUAAUCAUGACCAUGAUCACGACCACGAUCACGACCACGAUCAUGAUCAUAGCGAUAGCGAUACUCAGGCUCAAGUCCGACAGAACGUGUCACAAUACCGAGCCAACUCAUUCCUACCUCUACAAAGACGAGAAAACCGACCAUCUCCUUUGAGACAGAACACCGAGAACUUACCUAGCCCGCAGAAGGAAGAUAUACCAGAUAUGUCGAAGGCUUCCAGCUACGACGCUCCCACCGGCGCUGUUUUACAUGAGCAUACUCAUGACCACGACCACGACCACGACCAUAACCAUAACCAUGGCCAUAAUCAUGAUCAUCACGAUAGCCACCACGGACAUGCAGCGACCUACUCGAGAUUUACAGCAUUACUUCUCCCGUAUACUUCGAGGUGGCCAUUGAUCCACGCAAUCAUGACAGAGAAGGACUCGCGUCGCAUUUUCUAUUUUAUGGGAGUCAAUUUUUCGUUUAUGGCCGUCCAAGCCGUCUACGGUUACCUCACCGACUCCCUCGGGCUUCUAAGCGAUAGCAUACACAUGUUUUUUGACUGUGUAGCUUUGGCAGUAGGCCUUUUCGCGUCUGUGAUGAGCAAAUGGCCACCUAGCGAGAGGUUUCCUUAUGGAUUUGGAAAGAUUGAGACACUAAGCGGAUUUGCCAAUGGUGUCUUCUUAAUACUUAUAAGCCUUGAAAUCAUGUUCGAAGGAUUCGAGCGACUAUUAGAAGGGCGAGAAACCAAGAGGCUCAGGGAGCUUUUUAUCGUCAGUACUUUAGGAUUAGUUGUCAAUCUGCUAGGCAUUUUUGCUUUUGGAUCCCACGGCCACAGCCACGGCCAUGGCCACGAUCAUUCACAUGGGCAUGGUCAUGGGCAUUCUCACGAUCUCAGUCACAGCCACAGUCAUGAUAAAGACCACGAUCACCACGAUUGCAGUUCUCAUCAAGAACACGAGCACGAUCAUAAGCACGAUCAUGGCCAUAGUCAUAGUCAUGGUCAUUCUCACGACCACUCUCACGACCAUGAUAACGAAAACAUGCAUGGGAUCUAUUUACAUAUUCUAGCUGAUACUCUCGGAAGCGCAUCGGUCAUCGUCUCGACGAUUUUGACCUAUUUUAUUCCCUGGUCCGGCUGGGAUCCUCUGGCUUCCUUCUUGAUCGCAUAUCUGAUUCUCAUCACGGCAACACCAUUAGUAAAGUCGUCAGCUCAACGUCUGUUACUAACGAUACCGGCUGAUACGGAGUAUAAUCUCCGCAACACAUUAUCCGAUAUUACAAACCAGCGAGGCGUUGCUGCGUAUUCGGUACCAAAGUUCUGGGUGGAUGAUGGCGCUGGUAGUGAGUCUGGCGUUAGACUCCUAGGGGUGGUGCACGUAGCAGCUGUGCGAGGAGCAGACUUGGAGGAGGUUCGAGAUAGGGUUCAGAACUACCUCAAUAAACGCGGGAUCGAUCUCACGAUACAGAUGGAGAGGGAAGGUGAUACGACAUGUUGGUGUGGGAUGGGUAGGCUGGGUGGUGGUGUCCCGCCCAGAGGUUUGAGUGCUUAUUGAAAUGGUUAUAAUGGUGGGCGUAAGGAACUUGCUUUACUGAGUGACGGCGGGAUCGGGGUCGAUAAAAGAGUACUGCGCAUGGCCUCGGAGUUGGAGCUUGAUAUCGGGGACGGUCUAACCUCACGAAACUUGACGAUCAACAAUGUUUUAUUUGGACAACGUAUGUUGGUUGGAGAGGGCAUAUCGAUGGGGAUAUCGACAAGGGGGAUGGCAUAGAGGCAGGCAGGCAGGAAGGCGAGAAAACGAAUAUACCCAUGAUAUAUCUAAGCGCCUAACGUAUGUUAUCGUUCUGU